AUGGAGAAAACUAUCGAGGAAAACAUCCACCCUGAUGACUUAAAGAAAUUUGAAGCGCUGUACAAUGAACAGAUAAGACGAGGACAUGUUAGUGAAAAGACGCAGUUUGAGUACGCCUGGUGUCUCAUCAGGAGCCGGUAUGUGGCAGACAUGCACAAAGGCAUUGUAUUGUUGGAAGAUUUGCUGCAUAAUGAUCAAGAAACCCUGAGUAAGAGGGAUUACUUGUACUACACCGCAGUCGGCUUUGUUAGAAUAAAAGAGUAUGAGAAAGCCCUGAAAUGUACAAAUGCAGUCCUGAAAAUUGAACCAACAAACAGGCAAGCUCAAGAGCUGGAGAAAUACAUCAAAAACAAAAUGAAGAAAGAUGGAUUGUUGGGUAUAGCAAUUGUUGGAGGAGCAGCCCUAGCUAUAGGUGGUCUUGUUGGAAUCGGACUUGCAGUUCUCAAGAAGUGA